CGAUUGACAGAAUCGUCGACGAGUCCGAAAUUUUAGAGUUUUUUUCUGAAAGCAACGGCGGGUGAAAGUGAAACUUGAAAAUGACAGGGCUCUGCACGAAUCGACGAAAGAGAGGGGCGGGGUCUGUAAAGUGGGCGUGGCUAAAGGUGUUCGGUUGCACCGCAGCGCAUAGCCUACACAAUGGCUGCUGGAAAGAGGAGAAAGCAAACAAUUUUCAGGCCCGCCGCGUCCAGCAAAAAAUAUGAGAAAAAAUUUAUUAAAAUUCGGGAAAUAGGUGAAAGUCAAGGAAAACACUCUGGAAAGGAUGUUAAGGCUCCCGCGAAAUGCAGGAUGUUUGUCCAGUCUCCGAUCUGCUUUUUCCUUUCUUCUUUUGGAACACUACCAUCAUCCUCUCUCACUUCCUCAGUGCCUGGCCUCUCUGUGGUGUUGAAGAUUCAGCCUCUGUCACUCUGUCACUGAUCGGACACAUCGCUUGUGUCCACUGUGUGGCUGGCCUGUGCUAAGUCGCCAUGGCCACAGUCACCCCUGACGAUGACUGCCCCAACCCGGCAGAGCACGAUCGAGUGAGGAAGAGGAGGCCAGAGGGAAAAGGGAGGAAAAACUUCCCCUGUCAGCUUUGUGAGAAGGCCUUCAACAGCGUGGAGAAGCUGAAGGUGCACUCCUACUCGCACACAGGCGAGAGGCCGCACCAAUGCACACACACCGACUGCACCAAGGCCUUUGUUUCAAAGUACAAACUGUUACGCCACAUGGCCACACACUCACCUGAGAAGACCCACAAGUGUAGCUACUGCGAGAAAAUGUUUCACCGUAAAGACCACCUGAAGAACCACCUGCACACACACGACCCCAACAAGGAGGCUUUCACUUGUGCCGACUGCGGCAAGAGCUACAACACAAAGCUUGGCUUCCGAAGGCAUCAGGCUCUGCAUGCGGCACAUCGCGGUGACCUCACCUGCCAGGUGUGUUUGCGACCAUAUCCCAACACCACCCUGCUGCUUGAGCACCUGCGUGCCCAUGCUGGCAAAAGCGCUACAGCUGGAGCCAAGGAGAAACGGCACCAGUGUGAGCACUGCGAGCGCCGUUUCUACACGCGCAAGGAUGUGCGACGUCACCUAGUGGUGCACACGGGUCGCAAAGACUUCCUGUGCCAAUACUGCGCCCAACGAUUCGGCCGCAAGGACCACCUGACUCGGCAUGUGAAAAAGAGCCACGGCCAUGAGCUGCUGCGUGUGAAGGCGGAGCCGCUGGAGUCCUCAGAGCCACACCCCUACCUGUUUGGCCAUGUUUCCUACUCUCCUCCACCACCGCCACUCCGUCCCGAGCUGGAGAGCUACCUUCUCGAGCUGCAAGCAGAGGAGGUGCCAAAGUUGAGUGCUGCUGCCACGUCCUCUGGAGAGACACCUCCAUCUUUGGACUUCUUGUCUCCUCUGUUUAACUUUCUGCCCUAUGGGCAAGGGGCGGGGCCAGCCUUGGGGGUAUCCUACAGCCAGGACGAGGGGCUUCCUGUGAUGACACCUUCUCAGGACGCUCCCGAUCCUCUGAGCCCAAUUCACACUCUCAAUCAUCCACACACGCUUUCACAGACGCACACCUCACCACAAGUUACACACUCGCCAAGCCUGAAUACAACCACCACCCUGCCUCGCUUUCACCAGGCCUUUCAGUGAUCCAAACAUACACACAUUUAGCUGUCAUAGCACUUACACACACCUACACUUACAUCAACAUGGCACUUAAUUUCAAAUACAAAUAAACAUACCAAGACAUCACAUAUUACUUAGGUCACUGACGCUCGUUAAAUUAUGUACCUUCGAGUACAUAUCACUUGUUCAUUUAAUCUAUUUCAGUCUGCAAGUUAGCAAAUAGAAGAUGUUGAACAUCUGACAGCUAUAAUUCAAAACAAUCUGUCUGGUUUACGAAUGUGUAUGUGCCUCGGUUUGCAGUGAAGUUUUGCUCUCAGACACUGAGUGCAUAUAGCUUUCCCAUUUAGCACUUUGAAUUUCUAGUGACGUUGAAGUUCCAUCAAAGCUAAACAUUUUUUUUUUUGUAUUUUUGUCUAUCACUUUGUUUGUUGGCUCACAAGCUGAUGGGUACUGAAAUGCCAGCAUCUGAGUGACUAUACACAGCCAAAGGCAACCAAACCCCUCAGAGCCAGAGUGUGGAUGGCUCAUCUUGUUUUGCCUUUCUUUUUGUUUCUUUUUUUUUUUCUUUUCUUUUUAAAUGUUAUUUUUUUAUGGCUGUUUGCCUUCAUGCUGCUGCUCAUUUUAAGGGCCUUAAAACUUUACCAGUGCAGAUCUGCUUCACUAUACAAAGCAAUAAAGGGAAACAUGGACUGACAUUACAAAGACUAUCAAAUGUAGACACAAUCAGCUCUUAAACACCCCCUUCAUUUUUAUCCCCUUGCCGUUUAUCUUUGUUUAGUUUUUUUUUUGUUUUUGCUCCCGGACACCAACACAACCUUCAACCUCAUCUGCCAGAAUGCUGUCCAUUGCACUGAUUCUGAAUCUCAUCAAUAAUAAAACAAAAACAUUCAGUUGUAUGGAUCUGUGCUGUCGCAUCCAAAGCACACACAGAAGUCUGAAUGGCAUACACAGUCUGUGAAGAAGCUCUGUUGUGAAUAAGUUACAUUUCUACAGCUAGUUUUACAGAGACUAUAGACAGCUCCAAAGGCUGUAAAACACACAUAUGGUUGGCACAAUCCUUUUCCCAAAACACCCCGGCAAAACCCCUGCACAGAUGUGCGUGCAUGUGCACAUGUGUGGGCAGAGAUGUUGGAGGUGUUUCAGAGUGAAUGUUGGGGUCUUGUUGAAUAUACAUUGGGAGGGGAAGGAUGUUGGAUGCUGGAAAGCCUCCAAGCUGGGCAUAUUUUUCAUAAUGGCACUUUUUAAAGAAUCUGAUGCCUUGGAUUUGUCAUGUUAUGAAAAUGUAUUAUAUGUUAAACCUCCUGCAUAAAAUGUUUAGAUGUCAUAUAUAGCUUUUAGCAGAUUGUUUUAGCAUGUGUGUAUAUACACUAUAUUGACAAAAGUAUUGGGUCACCUGGUCAUAAGUUUGGUAUGUAAUAUGUGAAUUUCUCAUUUAGUCCCAACUUGCUCUUAUAAUUCCCUCCACUCUUCUGGGACGAUGUUCCACUAGAUUUUGAAGUGUGCUUAUGUUCAUCAGCUUAUGUUCAUCAGCCACAAGGGUGAGGAGGCCUGGGGUGCAGUCA